AGUCGCGUGAGGGUGUCCUUGUACGAGCUCUCGAAGGGAGCCUUUUCCGUCUCUCGCUCGCGCCUCGCUCCAGGGCGAUUGGGGCUGGGUUUGCGAGCCAGCCUCCGUGGGUCGUGCCUCGGGCCUCGCAUGCUGUGCUUACAUGCUGCAAGAUUGUCUUAGGGUGCAAUAGGCUUCUGACGCAGUGAUUAUGGAUAUGUUGAUAUCGGAGUUGAGUUGUUUAAAGCCAUCAAAAUGUAGCUCGGGAGUGACAUGCACAUCGCAGUGGUAGAGGUAGAAAGCCGCGAGGGAGAAUCGAGUCGUGUCCGAGCCAUAUGGGAGUGAGGUGUUGACGUGAUCGCAGCUGCAGCAGACUUGUGCUUCACCCGAUCCGCGGCCACCAUGAACAUCCUGAGGUUGGGGAGAGAACCUCCGUCCCUUUAUCACUGGACUGUUGCGCUGCUGGUGCUGGCGGCGGCCCUGUCUGCCCUGGGGUUCUCGGCUCAGGCCACUUCAGCAUUUGGACUUGACGGCGGCCUCUCGCGCGAGCAGCCUCCGUCGCGGCCCGAGCAGAUCUGGGACAACCCUCUCCUUCGCCCCGCCUUCGACAACACGACGGAGACCAACAUAGUCGCCUCCACCGGCCGGGUCGCCUACCUGCACUGCCGCGUCAACCACCUCGGGAACAGAGUGGUCACGUGGCUUCGGAAGCGCGACGCCCACGUGCUGACCUCGGGCCUGUUCUCCUACACGAACGACCAGAGGUUCACCGCCCUGCACGCCGAGGGCUCGCCUGACUGGGUCCUCAAAAUCACCUACCCGCAGACGAGAGACUCCGGGAUCUACGAGUGCCAAGUGUCGACGGAGCCCAAGAUAUCCAAGUUCUACACCCUCAACGUCGUGGAGUCCGUUGCUGUGAUAGAGGGGUCUCGUGACAAGCACAUGAGCGCUGGGAACACACUCAACCUCACCUGCUCUACGACCGUCAGCGGAGACCUGCCAACUUACUUCUACUGGUACCACAACGACAAGGUGGUGCAGUACACAGGCAAGAAGGACGUGUCGGUGCACACGGCGGACGGGAGGACCCAGCUCAUCGUGAGGGACGUCGGCCCGAAGCACUCCGGGAACUACACCUGCGCCCCUGAGAACGCCGCCCCCGCCACCGUGACGGUCUUCGUGCUCAGCGCAAAAUUGCACAAGGUAAAGCAUCGAACAGAAUCACAACAAAACAUCUGCAACACACAAUAUGCCUUGGAAAUUAACGAAGCCGUUCGCAUAAGCCCACGACGAUCUCCCCGCCACCAAAGCGUCCUGGUGCAGUGGGCGAAAGAGUUUAAGAGUCGCCGUGAAGACGUCCUCACACUUGACUCUGCACAUGAUUCGGGUCACGAGAGCAUUUCCUCCGGCAGAGGAGAUCAACGAAAGGGAUCUCUCUGUACUGCACCAGAAGAUAUUUCUAAGCCUGGUGAAGCCUUGAUGCCUUUCUGGCCGUUCAACGCGUGCUUGUAUCGUGCCAUGAGCCACAGAAGCGGUGUUAAGACUCUAUAA